AUGGUUCGAAGCUUGAGAAAUCCUAAAAAGGCCAAGAGGAAGAACAAGGGACCGAGGAAAGGAGAAGGGUCCUCUUCGCAAGUGCCAUCACAGCCCGCAAAGGUGUGGCAGCCAGGCGUGGACCAGUUGGAAGAAGGAGAGGAGCUCCAGUGUGACCCUUCUGCUUAUAAUUGUCUCCAUGCCUUCCAUAUUGGCUGGCCCUGUUUGAGCUUUGAUAUUUUGCACGACUCCUUGGGGUUAGUUCGCACGGAUUUCCCUCAGACUGUAUACUGUGUUGCAGGAACUCAGGCUAAGGAAGGUUCUUCGAACUAUAUUGGAAUCUUCAAAUUAUCUAACAUAUCUGGCAAGAGACGUCAAUUAGUUCCCAAAAAAAUCGAUGCUGAUGGCUUGGAUAUAGAUGAUAAUGAAAGUGAUGAAAGUGAUAGCGACGAUACUGACGAAGAGGAUGGAAGUGGAUCUGGAACUCCUGUUUUGCAGCUUAACAAGGUCGCCCAUGAAGGAUGCAUUAACAGAAUACGUGCAAUGAUGCAAAAUCCACAUAUUUGUGCUUCUUGGGCAGAUACUGGUCAUGUUCAGAUAUGGGACUUCAGCUCUCAUUUAAAUGCUUUGGCUGAAUCAGAGACCGGCACCAACCUAGAAGGUCCCGUUGUGAACCAAUCUCCCGUGAUAAAAUUUAGGCAUAAAGAUGAAGGCUAUGCUCUGGAUUGGAGUCCACUUGUGCCUGGAAGGCUCGUUUCAGGUGACUGCAAGAAUAAUAUCCAUCUGUGGGAACCAUCUGGUGCUAGUUGGAACGUUGAUACUACUCCCUUUGUUGGACAUAAAGCCAGUGUUGAAGAUUUGCAGUGGAGUCCCACAGAACCAUACGUUUUUGCCUCUGGCUCUGUGGAUGGAAGUAUUGCUAUAUGGGAUACUCGUAUGGGGAAAUCUCCUGCAGCGUCAAUAAAAGCACAUGACGCAGAUGUCAAUGUUAUCUCCUGGAACAGACUGGCGAGUUGUAUGCUGGCUUCUGGAAGUGAUGAUGGGACCUUUUCAAUUCGUGAUCUUAGAUUGCUAAAGGAAGGGGAUUCUGUGAUGGCACACUUUACAUAUCACAAGCACCCUAUAACAUCCAUUGAGUGGAGUCCCCAUGAAGCUUCUACGUUGGCUGUUUCAUCUGCUGAUAAUCAACUAACGAUAUGGGACUUUGCAUUAGAAAGAGAUGAGGAGGAGGAAGCUGAAUUUAAAGCCAAAACUCAGGAACAAGUGCUUGCUCCUACUGAUUUACCACCACAACUACUUUUUGUUCAUCAGGGCCAGAAAGACUUGAAAGAACUUCACUGGCAUUCACAGAUUCCAGGAAUGCUCAUUUCUACCGCAUCAGAUGGUUUUAACCUCCAGAAGCUGCUAUGUGAUCCAACAGUUGCCAAGGUUGCUGGCUCGAAGGAUACUACUACUACUUGCCAGUUUGAUCGGAUUUAUCAGCUCGGUCUUCCGCCUAAUGGGAACCCCUAUGACGGCUGGUUCGCGCUCAUAGGCCUUCUUCAACCGCUUCAUUUUGUCACGAACAGAUCUCUCAAUGUGCAGACGACGAUCCAAGAAGAUAUGACUCUAAUCACUGCUUGGCUUCUAUCCAAUGCGGAAAAGCUUGGAUUCGAGAAUAAGUUUUCAGCUUGUUGCGGGAGUGGAGUGUCGUUCAACUUUGACUUCGUGAAACCAUGUGGGACGCCUGAAGUUACUUCGUGCCCUAACCCAGAUAACCAUAUCAGUUGGGACGGAUUUAGCAUGACUCAGCAGGCAAACAAGUUCAUGGCUGACUAUUUGAUCAACUCUAUCUCUCCUCAGUUGGAUUGUAGUUGA